AUGGUUGAAUACAUCUCCAUUAACGGGGCCCAAUUGGCAUAUCGGCUGAUCGGACCUGCAAAUGCACCGUUGAUAAUCACUCUCCAUGGCGGGAGAGGGUUUGGAGAUCACAAAUCAGACUUCAAAGCAUACUCACCACUUUCUUCAUCUCACCGAGUACUGUCUUUUGACUUCCGAGGACAUGGUCAAAGUUCACGAACAGAGCCCUUCACUUUCGAUCAACUGAUUGAUGAUGUUGAAGGUAUCCGACAGCACUUUUCUGGAACUGAACAACCAUGCAUAGUCUGCGGUGGCAGUUUCGGGGGGUUUUUAGCCCAGCAAUAUGCAAUCACAUAUCCAUCAAAGGUUUCGCAUUUGAUUCUCCGGGGAACUGCUCCCUCGCAUCACCGUAUGUGCCAUGAUGAGGACACGGCCAUCCAUACCUUGGAACAAAGGGCAUCCAAAGCGCCGGGUCUUUCGAUAAAGUUCCUGAAGGAUAAGAUUUUCGGUCGAUUCGAAAGUGAUCUUGAAUUUCGCCUCAUUAUGUACGCAGCUGCACCGCUAUAUAGCGAACACUUUGACGCCGAAGUCGCGUUGAAGCAUAAUAUCGACACGGCAUUUUAUGCCAAGUCGCACAAUGAUCUCUACGCCGAGCCAGAGAAAUUCUUCGAUUACAGACAUCAACUUCAUUUGAUCACAGCGAAAACAUUAAUUCUUGUGGGCGAAUGGGACUGGAUUUGUCCACCAGAACAAUCCAAAGACAUCGCUUCGAGGGUUCCAGGUGCUCAUUUGGAGGUUAUCAGAAACGCCAACCAUGGCGUUCAUCUCGAGAAGAACGCGGAGGUGAUCGCGCUCAUUAAGCAGCAUCUCUUGUGA